GUCACUUUGGGCACGCUCAUUGUGAAGUUACGAUGUCUAGUAAUCUGCAAUUUGACGACACCUUUGAUUUUACCAUCAAAGUUCAGAAAUAUAUUGGUUUCCCAUGCUGUUUUGACCGGUAUCCGGAGUCCUGGCUGCAGACGAUAAAAACGAACGCCGUCUUCUGGCUGUGCUACUCGAUGCUGGCCUACUGCGUCUUUGGCCAGCUGGUGAACGUUGUCCUGCUGCUGAUUGGCCAUCGGCAGACGACCAGUGCCCUGGAAGAAAUUGCCAUCCAAAUCGUGUGCACCGGGUUCUGCAUCAUCGGAUUGCUCAAGAUGUAUGGCAUCGCCUAUCACCGCAAUCUGCUCGCCCAGGUGAUUGAUGACUUCCGGACGCGCUGGAACGACCUGGUCCGAGAGAACCCGACCGACCGGAAGCUGAUCGAGCGCAUGAUUCGUCCGACGAUGGCCAUCACGACGGCCGCUGCCUUCUGUAACAUUCUGAUGGUGUCAUCCUUCAACUUCCUACCGAUUCCGGAGAUGAUUUUCAACCGUUGGAAAACGGGCGAAUGGGUCCGGCAGCUGCCCUAUCGGAUCUGGUUCCCUUGUGAUGCCACGGCCGGACUCAUCUAUUAUCCGAUCUAUUUCUUCGAAGUCUACUCGGGAUUUAUUGUUGCUGUUGGAAAUGUCGGUUUUGAUAACAUCUUCUGUCUGCUGACGGCUCACUUAACGAUGCAACUUAAGCUGCUCAGCUCGGCCAUCGAGGGUAUGAUUGCGGACGGCAUUCCGGAGCAACCGGAAUCGGAAUUGCAGGCAGCUGUCCGGGAAAACUUUUACCGUGCCGUGCAGCGCCAUCAGAGUUUGCUCAGCUGCAAGGAUGCCAUGGAAACCGUUUUCAGUACCACGUUCUUUCUCAACUUUGCGGCCAGCACCAUCAUCAUGUGCAUGCAGGGAUUUUUAAUCACCACGGCAGAUUUCUACGUGGUCAUCAAGUUUACGCUGUUCAUGGUGUGCUUUCUGGUGGAAAUAUUUUUCCUAUGCUACUAUGGCGACGAAGUGCUACAGAAGAGUUCCGAUAUCGCCCAGGCAGCGUACGGUUGCCGCUGGUAUCAGCAGGCUGUGUCCGGAGCAAAUUUCGGCAAAAAUCUUAUUCCCGUGAUUGUCCGAGCUCAGCAACCCAUGGUGCUGAUGGCCUGGAAGCUGUGGCCUAUUACGAUCAACACGUUCGGAAUGAUACUGAACGCAUCCUGGUCGUAUUUCACUCUGCUAAGAACAGUUAUCAACUAACAUUUUGCGAGGAAUGGCUCUAGCAAAUAUUCAAUCAUUCACUGUUGUUGCUGUUUUCUUCUAUGGUUCAGUUCAAUUGUUUAACGACAAAGAGUAAUCCUAAUUAGGCACCUUCUUCAGAAAUUCUAGACUUAGAAAUAUUCACAAUUUCAAAAUUAAUUGGCAGUUUGUGUUUUCAUCGAUGAUGUUUAGCGAGUAGGAUAUUUCUUGCCACCAAACAAUAGUUGCACGUGGUUCACUUUAUUGUCACUGCUUUAACAAAACAACUUCAUUCCAAAGGUUGAGCACACAUCGAGAUAUUGUUACCCACUCAAGAUUUCUUAUUGAAUGCCAGUUGGCUUCAUAGCACUGUACAAGUUUUGACAAAUAAACAAAUGAAUAUUAUAAAAUGAAAACCCUUCUACAUUUGUACAGUAGUUUUUCGAUUUUAUCACUCUUAAUUCACCGUGAUAAUGGUAAAACCGUGAAUUUGGCGAAACUUGAAACUAAAUAGAAAAACGGCAAAUGAUUUCUGAAUGAUUUUUUAAAACAACGAGAUUAAAUCGAAACAAUAACCGUGAUUAAAUCGAGCGUGAGUUUAGCGAGUAUUGGAAAAUCGCACAGUGAUAAAGUUGAAAAACUACUGUAUAUGACAAAAAGGGCUUGAUUCAAAAAUGCUAGGGCAAAAUGUCAAAAAAGUCAAUUUGUAAAAAUCUUCUUAAAACGUUGCCAAAAGUAAAAUAAAAACUGCUCAAACAGUCAGAUUCAUCAAAUUUGGUAAAAUUUUCAAAUUGUAAAAAGUAUCAAAAGUUGGCUUGUUGCUCUUGCUCAAUGAGGUAUAUUUUACUAAGGUGGUGCAAGAGAAUGCACACUGUUGUUGAGCUUCGUUUAUCUAUAGGCAAAAUGCCUACAAAGUUGUAAAUUUCGAGAAUUAAAUGCAAUGAGUGAGAAGGUUACUUGUGCAUAGACUAAAGGCAUUUUGAAUUGUUGAAUUUCAAUAUGAUACCACGACAGUUUACUUAGUGAAGGGCGGUUUCGGUGACAUUUUAUUAGAAAACAUUUAGUGGUAAGAAUAAGGUUUAGCAAUAGCUUCGGUGGCAUUCACAUAGCUCGAAAUCAAGCAAAGGAAAUGCUCAAAGCAUUUGCUUAGUUUGGUAUGAAUAAACAUUUGCUUAGCGGAUGUGUACUAAAACUUUAGAACAUAGCUUUUGCUCUGAAAAAUAGAGCUAUCCAACAAGCAGAAUCUGUAGUUUUCUAAAGUAAAUUGAAAUAAAACGAUCAGAAAAUUGAAAAUUACGACUAAAAUAGCCACGAUCUCAACGGUGCGGGUAAGAACGAUCGAAAAGUAUUUGAGUCAAUGCAUGAAAAGCUCUAAAAAGCGCAGGUUGAAAUGUUCGUUUGUAGAUAGGACAAUUCCAGUUGGUCAAGCAAGCAAGAAACAGUUAGUUCACCUUAAAAACAAAAUGUUUUGUCAAUUAAA